AUGCAGUAUGGAUUUGAUACGGCAGCGGUGGGCGGCUUGCAAGCUAUGCCUGGGUUCCUCAAAGUGUUCGGUUUUCCCAGCGAGAAAAGCCCGAAUGGCUAUGGCAUCGAUCCUGUUUUCCAACAGCUCAUCAGCUCGCUCCUGACGCUCGGUUCCUUCAUCUCGUCCCUGCUUGCUGGCGUGUUUGCAUCAUUCUUCGGUCGCAAAGUGGGUAUCUGGUCUGCCUGUGCGUUGAAUGCCGUGGCGGUCGCCAUUCAAAUCGGCACUACCUCCAAAGGAGCAAUCUACUUUGGCCGCCUACUGCUUGGACUUGCCAACGGCUUCCUCGUUACCUUCUCGAACGUAUAUACUUCAGAGGCUUCGCCUGCUCAUCUCCGAGGGGUCAUGGUCGCUUUGUUCGCUUGGUGGGUCAACAUCGGCUCCAUCCUUGGGGGAACCGUGGACAAAUUCACCAAGGUACGAUUGGACAAGUCGUCCUACCAAAUCCCGUUGGGCUGCCUGUACAUUGUGCCGACAGUUCUGGCUAUUGGUCUAUUCUUUGUCCCAGAGAGCCCUAGGUUCUUGUUGCACAAAGGGAAAGAAGCCGAAGCCAAAGGGGCGCUGAUAUACCUGCGUGGUUCGGCUCUGACCAAAGACGAGCUGGAAUUUGAAUGGGCCGAGAUGCUCCGGGGUCUUGAAGAAGAAAAGAAGAAUGCCAAAAGCGUUGCAUGGAUGGACAUGUUUAGAGGAAGCGACCUUCGUCGCACGAUUCUAUGCUAUGGCAUGAUUGGCUGCCAGAGCGCCUCUGGAAUAUGGUUCUUGAUUGCAUAUCAAACAUAUUUCCUGCUUCAGGGUGGAGUGACGAAGGCUUUCGAGUAUACAAUUAUGACGAGCUGCAUUGGAUUCAUCGGGGUCAAUGUUGGAAUGUUCUCGAUGCGACAUUUGUUCGGUCGGCGAAACAUUCUCAUGAUCGGAGCGAUGGGUUGCUGUCUCUGUCAACUUGCCCCUGCCAUUGCUGCCAGUACCAGCGAUAACUUGACAUUUCGUGCCAACAUCCUCACCGCAUUCAUCGCCUUGUUCAAAUUCUUUUACAACGGCGGUGUGGGAGUGGCUUCUUAUGCAGUGGCCACGGAAGUUGUGAGCACGAGGUUGAGAGCCUGGACAGUCGGUAGUGCCACUGCCAUUGGAUACCUUCUCGCUUGGCUGGUGAGCUUCUGCUCGCCAUACUUCAUCAAUCCUGCUGAGCUCGGCCUGGGCGCCAAAUACGGCUACGUUUGGGCCGGCUCAAAUUUUGCCUGCGUCGUCUGGGUCUUUCUCUUCAUGCCAGAAAUGAAGGGUCGCUCGCUCGAAGAACUGGACGAAAUGUUCAUCAACAAAGUGUCGGUCCGAAACUUUCGGAAGUACGAAUGUGCCCUGCGCCAGGACGCGGCGAAUGAUGUCUACUUGAAAAGUGAGGAAGUGAAGGUCAAGCAGAUUGCGGCGACACACGGUGAAGAGAUCGAAGCACAGAGCAAGUGAAAAACCAGGCCAGCUGCCUAGAGGAACUGAGGUUGAGCAGAUCUAUGUCACCAGCCAGUACAGGAUGCUCGUUGCAUUGUCCGUCGGUGUCAUAGUCGAAGCUCUCGCGGGAGUGGACUCGGGCUAGGAACGCUAUGGUGCUCUCGGUCGCAGGGUAUGAGGUCUUGAUCAUGCAGCACUUUUGCAAGUGUAGCUUCAACAUCGUGUUCCGUGAGCCAAGUCAUGCUCGGUCUGUUUUC